AUGAUUCAUGACCGUGUCGAAUGUCGAAAAUACCACACAAUGGCAGAACCUAACCCACAAGCAGGUGACACUGGACCACCAAAAGGAAUACCUGCCUUAAAAGCCCAUGUAAUCGCUAACAAACUAGAUGUAGCCCUCUGGGGUUUAAGAAUCUUGACAAUGCUAUGUACUGUAGGAUAUGUUAUCCCAAUUUUUACAAAUCCAACGUCGGCAUUCUACAAAGCCCUGCUUGCCAAUGCUGCGACGUCAGCCCUUCGACUUCACCAGAGGAUUCCACCGAGGGAAAUAGCCUUCUCUCGAGAGUUCCUGAACAGAUUUUUCUUAGAGGACAGCGCACACUAUCUCUUCUACUCACUAAUAUUCAUGAACGUGGCGCCCAAUUUAUUAAUACUGGCGCCGGUUUUCCUCUUUGCGAUGUUGCACGCCGCAUCGUACUCUCUUGCAAUUCUAGAUACGCUUGGGCAAAACUCGAUGUGGGUGGCUCGGCUCAUGAUCUCCCUAGUGGAGUUCCAGUCGCGGAACAUCCUCCGCGCGGUCGCCUUGGCUGAGAUCGUCCUGUUUCCACUCAUCGUAUUCAUGGCUCUCUUCGGAUACAGCGGUCUGUUGACACCAUUCAUGUACUACUACUUCCUGAUGUGGCGUUACGCGUCACGCAGGAACCCGUACACGCGUAACACGUUCCGCGAGUUGCGCGAGCUGACAGUGCGCACGGCGGAGCGGCCUUCGAUGCCGGCACCGAUCCGCUCCGCGCUGCUCUCCGGAGUUCAGCUAGUGUGCAACAUGGCGCCGCCAGUCGAAGUCCAGCAAUAA